AUGAAUCCAGCCAACGAAACCGUAGCGGAGAGAGCUGCGGAACAUGAUGUAUUUGCACUCGGCACCUACAAACUUCUCGCCUUUGCCAUCGGGACCAUUGGAGUGUUCGGCUUUUGCAACAACGUGGUUGUCAUCAUACUCUACUGCAAAUUCAAGAGGCUGAGGACGCCCACCAAUUUGUUACUGGUCAACAUAAGUUUGAGUGAUCUGCUGGUUUCGGUCAUCGGAAUAAACUUUACCUUUGCUUCGUGCGUCAACGGCGGCUGGACUUGGAGCCGGGCGACAUGCAUCUGGGACGGCUUCAGCAACAGCUUAUUUGGCAUCGUCUCCAUCAUGACUCUGGCGGCCCUGUCCUAUGAGCGCUACAUCCGGGUGGUCCACGCCCAGGUUGUGGACUUCCCCUGGGCGUGGCGGGCCAUUGGCCAUAUUUGGCUGUACUCCCUGGCCUGGACGGGCGCUCCUCUGCUCGGGUGGAACCGCUACACACUGGAGAUCCACCGGCUGGGCUGCUCCCUGGACUGGGCAUCAAAGGACCCGAACGACGCCUCCUUCAUCCUCCUCUUCCUCCUGGCCUGUUUCUUUGUGCCCGUGGGCAUCAUGAUCUACUGCUAUGGGAACAUCCUCUACACGGUGCAAAUGCUGUGCUCCAUCCAGGACCUCCAGACGGUUCAUAUCAUCAAGAUCUUGCGGUACGAGAAGAAGUUGUCCGUCAUGUUUUUACUGAUGAUCUCCUGCUUCUUGUUGUGUUGGACGCCCUACGCCGUGGUGUCCAUGUUGGAGGCCUUUGGCAGGAAGAACAUGGUCUCUCCCACAGUGGCCAUCAUCCCCUCGUUCUUUGCCAAGUCCAGCACGGCCUACAACCCCCUCAUCUACGUUUUCAUGAGCAGAAAGUUCCGGCGCUGUCUGCUGCAGCUGCUCUGCUCACGGCUCUCCUGGCUGCAGUGCAGCCUCAAAGAGCGCCCCCUGGCUCCUGUCCAGUGCCCCAUCCGACCGAUCGUGGUGUCCAGGGCGACGUGCGGUGGCAGAAACCGGCCCAAGAAGAGGGUGACUUUCAGCUCCUCCUCCAUCGUCUUCAUCAUCACCAGCAAUGACUUCCACCACAUGGACGUGACCUCCAAGGCCCGAGAGUCCUCAGAGGUCAACGUCUUUCAAGUGAGGCCGUUGUGA